AUGGCUCUGCUUGCACGCUUUGUGUUGUUGCUCUUAGUGGUGGCAGCUUUCGCCACCCUUCCCUCUCUGGCUGAUGAAGAUGUCAAACCUCAAGGACAUGGUCAUCAUGGACCACCAAAGAAGAAGCAUCCUCCUGAAGAGCCUCCCCACCAUGGUCCUCACCCAAAGGAAGAAGCCCUCGAUUCCCCUAACUUGAAGCAGCACCCAACUUCCGGAGUGAGGCCACCACCAAAGGGUCCUCCUCAUGGUCCUCCUCACGGUCCUCCUCACGGUCCUCCUCAUGGUCCUCCUCACCACCCUGGCCAGCAUCUGCUUGAGGAUGCCCAUGAAUUAGAUGGACACACUGGUCCAUUUAAGAAGGGAUCACCACCUGAGAAGAAGCCUCACCCUGGCCCCGGCCCUGGUCAUCAUGGGUAG